GCGAGGGUAUCGAUGACGCCGAGUGUACCCGAACGAGGGCACGCGCUUCAACGGCGACCUGUCGGCGGCGAAGUGGCAGCAACAAUCGAGGGGGAGCCGAGUGUUUUCCUUCCGAAUCACCCGUCGCGAUCGAACAGCCGGCGAUUGUCGGGCGAUCGAACGGCGACGGUGAGGCGCGCGCGAGACGUAGAGAGGAGCGGACGGAUGCGGGUGUGGGUUAAUCGAGUUUACGGCCGCGACGUAAUCGCGUCGCACGGAAGCGCGUGAGGAGACCCAAGUUUGAUCGAUUGUUUGUUUAUCGCGAGGCGAAUCUCCCGAGGGACUCUGCCUCGGCGUUGUUACGCAGCAGCUGGACUCUCGUCAGCAGCGAUGGAGAAGCCAGUCUCGUCGGACAUAGUCAUCAUCGCGGGCAAUUCUCACCCGGAGCUCGCCAACCUGAUUGCAAAUCGCCUGGGAGUUAAGCCUGGCGGCUGCGCUGUGUAUCACAAGUCGAAUCGCGAGACAAUGGUGGAGAUAGGAGAUUCCGUACGCGGCAAGGACCUGUAUCUGAUUCAAACCGGUACGAAGGACGUAAACAAUAACAUAAUGGAGCUACUCAUCAUGGCCUACGCGUGUAAGACGUCGUCGGCCAAGAACAUCGUCGGAGUGAUCCCGUAUCUACCUUAUUCCAAACAGUGCAAGAUGCGCAAGCGCGGCUGCAUCGUGUCCAAGCUCCUGGCGAAGAUGCUGUGCACGAGCGGCCUAACUCACAUCAUCACCAUGGACCUCCAUCAGAAGGAAAUCCAGGGGUUCUUUGACGUGCCCGUGGACAAUCUCAGGGCUAGCCCGUUCCUUCUGCAGUACAUUCAAGAAUCCAUUCCUGACUAUCAUAAUUCUGUGAUCGUUGCAAGAAAUCCAGGUAGUGCAAAGAAAGCGACUAGCUACGCCGAAAGGCUGCGCCUGGGAAUCGCAGUGAUUCACGGAGAGCAGAGAGAAGCUGAAUCCGACAUGAACGACGGCCGCUAUUCGCCACCCGCGCUAGCGUUGGCCGCGCGUACGAUGGACGUUGGCGUGGGUAUGCCUUUGCAUCCAGCGAAGGAAAAGCCGCCAAUAAGCGUCGUCGGAGAUGUCGGAGGACGCAUCGCUAUUAUGGUGGACGACAUGAUAGACGAUGUACAGUCGUACGUAGCAGCUGCCGAGGUACUUAAGGAGAGAGGAGCUAAUAAAAUAUAUGUCUUAGCUACGCACGGUUUGCUCAGCUCGGACGCGCCUAGGCUCAUCGAGGAAUCUCCGAUUGACGAGGUCGUUGUAACCAAUACUGUUCCUCACGAUGUGCAGAAGAUGCAAUGCCCGAAAAUCAAGACUGUCGACAUCAGUAUUCUUUUAGCGGAGGCAAUUCGGCGUAUACACAAUAAGGAGUCGAUGUCGUAUCUGUUUAAAAAUGUAACUUUGGAAGAUUAGGAACUAGACAACGUUGCACAUGAACUGCUUGAUCAUCAAUAAAUGACGAUUGGAAGUCAACAAGAUUUCAAUGCCGGGGACCAUGUCCAGAAUACAUAUCCGUCUCUUAAUUUUCUACACUAUUUUUAUAUUUCCCCAAAUUGUGAAAUAACAGUGAACGUGUGAAUUAGUCCCUUGCGUUCAUCAGUGAAAAUAAUCGGCCGAACGUCUUAAUGUACAUUUGCUUUGUAGCCACCUUUUCUCUGCAUAGUACAUAUUAGAGUAAUGUAAAACAGCCAAUUACGAGCAUAUACGAAAUCGUAGUCGUUGCAUAAUAGAUACUGUAAAAUUUUAGAAACUCUGUAAAGUGUCAUUAUAGACGUGUAUUCUGUGCUUACCAGUGAUCUAGUGCUAAUUUUAUUGUAUUGAUUACAAAUGUAUUUUAGAUCAAGACAUAAUAAAUAUAUUUCAAGA